AUGGAAUCGCCUUCACGCGUCGACCCACUAAUCCUCGGAACGCUGCUUGAGGCACGUUUGGAACAGGCUAGUCUCCUGAAGAAGGUUGUCGACGCUGUCAAGGACCUUGUCCAAGAUUGCAACUUCGACUGCAAUGACUCCGGUAUCGCCCUCCAGGCCAUGGAUAACUCCCACGUUGCUCUGGUUUCCAUGCUCCUCCGUGCAGAGGGCUUCUCCCCAUACCGCUGUGACCGCAACCUUGCUCUCGGCAUCAACUUGAACUCUCUGACCAAGGUUCUCCGCGCCGCACAGAACGAAGAUAUUCUGACUCUGAAGGCGGAUGACUCUCCCGACGCUGUGAACCUGGUCUUCGAGAGCCCAGAUACCGACCGCCUCAGUGAAUAUGAUAUCAAGCUCAUGGAUAUCGACCAGGAGCACCUGGCCAUUCCCGAGACUGAGUACCACGCUACUAUCGAGAUGCCCUCUAUGGAAUUCCAGCGUAUCUGCCGAGACCUCAAUGCUCUUUCUGAAUCCGUUGUUAUUGAGGCCAGCAAGGAGGGUGUCAAGUUCUCCUGCUCCGGUGACAUUGGUAACGGCUCCGUUACCGUCCGCCAGCAUACCAACGUCGACAAGCCUGAUCAGAACGUCACCAUUGCUCUGUCUGAACCCGUCGUUCUGACAUUCUCUCUCAAAUACCUCGUCAACUUCUGCAAGGCCUCCAACCUUUCCAGCAAGGUAACACUGCACCUGUCUGAUGAGGUGCCUCUCCUUGUUGAGUACGGUCUGGGAAGCGGCCACUUGCGGUUCUACCUGGCCCCUAAGAUCGGUGACGAGGAGUAA